CCUACAUCCACUUAUUCUCAAUCUCCUACAAAUAUCUAACAAGCAAUGGCAAAUGUAUAUGUCCUCGGUGUUGGUCUGACCAAAUUCUACAAGCCUUCGGAAGGUCCUCACAGCUACACAGACUUGUCGUUGGAGGCAGGAACCAAGGCUCUCUUGGAUGCCGGCAUCAACUACGACGAAGUCGAGCAGGGAUUCGCCGGCUUCUGCUACGGUGACUCGACCUGUGGCCAGCGUGCCUUUUACCAAUUCGGUAUGACUCAAAUCCCCAUCGUCAACGUCAACAACAACUGUUCCACUGGAUCGACUGCUCUUUGGCUUGCCCGAAAUGCAGUCAUGUCUGGACAGGUUGAUGUUGCCAUGGCUAUUGGUUUCGAAGAGAUGGCUGCUGGCUCCCUCAAGUCCAACUGGGAUGACCGCGAGAACCCACUUGGCAGGGCCACCAUGCAUAUGGUGGAGAACCAAGGAUUCAAUCCCAAGGCUCCACCUGCCUCACAGUGGUUCGGUAAUGCCGCUUUGGAAUACCACGAGAAGUACGGAUCCAACGUCAGUCACUUGACGGAGAUUGCACGCAUCAACCACCUCCACUCAGCCAAGAACCCAUACUCGCAGUUCCGCAACGUUCACACCAAGGAGCAGAUUGAAAAGUCUCCCAUGGUGCACGCCGGCAUGACGCGUCUUCACUGCUGCCCAACAAGCAGUGGUGCCGGUGCAGUCAUCCUCGUGUCUGAGAAGUGGCUCGAUGCUCACCCAGAGCUCGCCAACCAGGCAGUCCCUAUCCUCUCGCAAGUUCUGGCAACAGACUCUGCCAAGAUGUUCUCCAAGUCCGCCAUUGAGCUGGCUGGUGCUGACAUGACGCGUCGUGCUUCGUCGCAGGCAUUCAAGCGUGCACGUAUCUCGCCUGACCAGAUUGGUGUGAUUGAAUUGCACGACUGCUUCUCUGCCAAUGAGCUCAUCUCACUGGACGCCAUUGGUGUCUGUGCACCCGGUACCGCUCACAAGAUGGUCGAAGAGGGUGACAUCACCUAUGGUGGCCGUAUCGUCGUGAACCCCUCUGGAGGUCUCAUCUCCAAGGGCCACCCACUCGGUGCAACAGGUCUUGCACAAUGUGCCGAGCUCACUUGGCAAUUGCGUGGCUGGUGCGGUGACCGUCAAGUUAAGGGCGCUCAAUACUGCCUGCAGCACAACGUCGGUCUCGGCGGUGCUGUGGUGGUUGGUAUCUACGGUAAGCCUGAGUACAGCGGUAACUUUUCUGAGGAUGGUCGAACACGUAUGGGCUACAACCCUGCAACGGAGUGCCGUAAGGUGACACGUCAUGAAUUUGACCAAGUCAAGUCGCAGAAGCAGUCUGCUGAAUGGAUUGUGGCAGAGGCCAAGCUGUAGAAAGCAUGGUUUACUUUAGCUA